CCAUGGGCUCGUGACGAAGGUAAUGGGAGCACGUCUCAGCCAGCAUUUGUGAUCCCCUUUUAUGCCUAUCUACUGGCAUCAGUUAUCACUGCUAUAGCGGCGAUCGGUUCCAUUUUUGAAUACAUAAAUCAGAGACCGGUGUUUGGCAUCCUGGGCUCGGACAGUGUGUUUUAUACUCCAUUGCUUGGAUUCUUCGCUUUUACCGGCAUACCGACAUCUGCCUUUCUAUGGUUCAGAUCUGUUCAAGCGGCAAACAAGGAAGCUGAGGAACAAGAUCGAAGAGAUGGGUAUUCAUAGUGGCCAUAAUUCUCCUGAUUUGUUCAUGUCAAGUUGUGCUGACGGAUGCGUUUCGGUUCAAGUUGGAGAUUGAUAUUGGCUGUAAGUCUUCAAUGAUGUUAUAGCUUUCGUCUUCCUUACUAGAGACAGUUGAAGCUUCUAUUAAAAUGUAAAUUGAUCAAGGUACUUGAAGAUAAUUUAUUUGCAUAAUAAAUUUUAUCAAAGCGAAAUUAUUGUGUAUUCUUAGAAUAAAAAAUGACAAUUGUA